UUCAAUAAUUGUCCUUUCUCUCUAUCUUUCAUAUCAUUCAGUAUUCACAGCCACAUCUCUUCCUUCAUCUCUUAUCUAUAAAACUAAAACAAAGGCCUCUUCUCUUCUCCUCACAUCACAUACAGUGUGGCCUUUGCAUGUUGCUGGGUGAUGAGCAUUACUUAGUAAGCCAAACCAAAGGAAAGAAAGUGUGGGUUGAUUCCCAGGGUUGAGGCGUUGCAGACAUCACGGCUUUUCUCAGAGUGUAUCGCUCUCUCAUUCAUGUCCGAACUGUACGACGGACGGGUUGCGUAACGGAGACCAACCCUUCGCCGCACGGUGGGCGUGGUGCUUUGCCUUCCGAAGGUGGUAGCCCCUCCGACCUCCUCUUCCUCGCCGGCGGCGGUGCCUCCUUCUCCUCCUAGUUCCCUCGCCUUUCUCUUACUUAAAAAUCACUUUUUUACUUAACUUCCAAAAAAAAAGCACCCUUUCUCUUCCUCCUCCUCCUCCUACUCCUUCUUCUACUUCUUCUUCUUUCUCUUCCUGAUACUGUAGUUCACAAAAUGAUGCUCAAAAUCAAAAGGGUUCCCACUGUCGUUUCCAACUACCAAAAGGACGAGGCUGCAGAGCCAGCUCGUCCCGUCGGAGGUUGUGGUCGGAAGUGUCUCAAAGCUUGUUGCAUUCCAGAUGCAAAGCUGCCUUUGUAUGCCUUUAAGAAGGUUAAUGGAAAGGAUUUGGCUGUGAAUGAAUGCGGGGAGCCACCCCUGGCCUUUCUGGACUCGCUCAUUCUUGGAGAGUGGGAAGAUCGCAUGCAGAGAGGACUUUUUCGCUAUGAUGUCACUGCCUGUGAAACCAAGGUGAUUCCUGGUGAAUAUGGUUUCGUUGCCCAGCUGAAUGAGGGUCGUCACCUCAAGAAGAGACCAACCGAGUUCCGAGUGGACAAGGUCCUUCAACCCUUUGAUGAAAACAAGUUCAACUUUACCAAAGUUGGCCAAGAAGAGGUCAUCUUUCAAUUUGAAGCUAGCGAUGACGGACAAGUCCAGUUCUUUCCAAAUGCUCCCGUUGAUGUCGACAAUUCUCCCAGUUUUGUUGCCAUCAAUGUCAGUCCUAUUGAGUAUGGGCAUGUUUUACUGAUUCCACACAUAUUCGAGCGUUUGCCCCAAAGGAUUGACCGUGAGAGCUUCCUGCUUGCACUUCAUAUGGCAGUAGAAGCCAAUAACCCAUAUUUCCGAUUGGGUUACAACAGCUUGGGUGCUUUUGCAACUAUUAACCACCUUCACUUCCAGGCUUAUUAUUUGGCUCUGCCCUUCCCCAUUGAGAAGGCUCCCACGAAGAAAAUUGCAAACUUAAAUGGUGGGGUGAAGAUAUCUGAACUGUUGAAGUAUCCAGUUAGAGGUCUUGUCUUUGAGGGCGGUGAUACACUUGAAGAUUUAUCAAAUGUCGUUUCAGAUGCUUGCAUAUGUCUUCAAAACAACAACAUACCUUUCAAUGUACUUAUUUCUGACUGUGGAAAGCAAGUCUUUCUGUUACCACAGUGUUAUGCAGAGAAACAAGCCCUUGGAGAAGUGGAUCCUGAGCUUCUUGACACCCAAGUGAAUCCUGCCGUGUGGGAAAUUAGUGGACACAUGGUCUUAAAGAGGAAGAAGGAUUAUGAUGAGGCAUCUGAAGGCAAUGCUUGGAGGCUUCUUGCAGAGGUUUCCCUCUCUGAAGAGAGGUUUCAAGAAGUCAAUGAACUUGUUUUUGAAGCCAUUGGCUGUGCUGAAUUGGACGAUGUCAAUGUUGAACGUGUCAAGGAAGUUGACGAAGUCAACUCAAGCGCACAACCUAGUACUGUGGUGGUGGCUGGUUCACAAGAAUGUGUUGUUCUACAGUAACAAGGCUCAAAUCCAAUGAAUCUGAUAUAUUAAGAACAAUUGCUGAAUUCUGUCACUGUUUUAGUGUUGUGUUGGAGCCUUGAUUGUAUCAUGUAUUUUUUACUUUUAUCUGGCUUUAUGACGCGUUCAUGUGAAAGUACGAUGUAAUAACUGCUCUCACCUGAGCAGUGUUUAGUGAUUUGGGGUAUGAAUGUAUGUAUGAUAGUGUGCUUAACUUGACUCUGUCGUUGCUUUUUAAGCUGCGAGAAAUAAUAAAUUCAGUUAUCCGUUUGUUCUUGUUGGCUAAAUCAAA